AAACGCUACCGUUUCCGCGAGUCGACGGAUAGGGGGUUCCAUGUCCUUGCUCUAUGGCUUUUACUUGUGUCUGCUCUGUGGGGCGGAAAGGACUUGGGAGCACGACCUCAGAGCAAAUGAGUUGCAACCCAAGCACCAGGCGAAGGACUGCAGCAACACAUCAGAGGCCACCACCCUUCGCACGGUGCUGGGUAAGUUGGGGCUGCAGCCUGAGGACUUGCAAGGAGACCUCAGCAAAGUACGUGGCAUUGACUGGGACAAGCGCACGUGCCAGGCACGGGGGAUCCAGCUGAAGAGGGCCGCCGGCCGCUUGCCAGAGGAGAUCUCAAAGCUGACGGGCCUGCGGAAGCUGGUGCUGUCGGGUGGGGUGACAGGCGGCGUGGAGGUGCUGCACUCCUUGCCCUGGCUCACGAAGCUGGAUUUGUCUGGCACUCUGGUGGAAGGCGAUCUGGGCUUUGCCCGCGCGCUGCCGAGACUGACAGACCUGCGCCUCAAUGGAGCCAGGGUUCAAGGUGACCUGAAGCGGCUGGGCGCGCUGAAGAUCCUGGAGCUGGACCGCACCGCGGUCUUCGGCUCCGUGCGGAGCUUGGCCCUGGAGCGGCUCAUGCAGCUCAGGGCCGCGGCCUCCCAGGUAGAAGGGGACCUGAGCGCCUUCCAAAAUGCGAGAUGCCUGCGGACGCUGGACCUCAGGCACACACAGGUUCAGGGGGACCUGGCCAUGUUGGCGAACUCCAGCUUGACGGAGCUCCGCCUCGGCAGCACCCAAGUCACCGGCAACCUGCAGGCUCUGGGCCCGGUGAUCCGCAAGUGCCAGCAGAGGAGCUGUGGGCUUCGCGUCUUGGAUUUGGAGUUGACCCAGGUGCACGGGUCCCUGGAUGUCUUCGCUUCGGGGGAUCAGUUGACGAAGCUGAUGCUGCGCCGGACCAAGGUGGCCGGGGAUCUGAAAGGGCUCAGCCAGCACCAGCUCACGCGCCUCGACCUGGCCUCCACUGAGGUGGAGGGCUCCAUUGCGGCGCUGCACCUGGAGACCUUGCUGCAGCUGGACUUGGCCAAAACCUCCGUGGCGGGGCCCUUGGGCGCUUUCAACACCUCCGCCAAGCUGAAGGGCCUGCGCCUGGAUGGGACGCGGGUGUCCGGUGACCUGGCGGGGCUCGAAGCCCAGCGGCGCCUGGAGAGCCUCGGCCUGGGGCGCUGCGGCGUCAGCGGGGAGCUGCGGCGCCUGAGGGCCAUGGCGCGGCUGGGGCGCUUGGAGCUGGGCCACACCCAGGUUCGGCUUUGCCAGUCGGUGCACUUCCCCGUUUCAGAGGUGAGCGGCAGCCUGGAGGACCUGCCCAAGGGCUUGCAGACUUUGGAUCUGAGCGCCACGCGGGUGACGGGUGAGCUGGGGGCCAUACGAGCCUGGCCGAACGCCCAGUUGCUGAAGCUGUCGAAGACCGGCAUCACCGGGGCUGUGACCUCCGCGUGGCGCGGCUGCUGCCGGCACCUGCGGAGCCUGGACCUCUCCGACAGCAACGUGAGCUUCAUCCCACCCGGCGGCGACCCCGGGCUGCAGCAGGUCUUUUCCCCGGCCUGGGAAGAGGAGGCGAUCUUGCCGAAGCUCAUAGAGCUGUCAGUGAGCCGGUGCCCGGUGAACGGCGCGUGGAAGGACCUGGUGCAGCCGCUGCUCUUCUCGCCGCUGGUGGCGCUGAGGGCGGCGGAGUGCAACCUCACCGGGCAGGUGGAGGAGCUGAGGCUCCGGAACGUCAUGCUCAACAAGGCGCUACAGGAGGACCGGCCCACCGAGCUGGAGGUCUCCCUGCGGAGCCUGGACGUGUCCUCCAACCGCCUGGAGCUGCGGGCGCUGCCCGGCGCGCUCACCGUGGCGAACCUCGCGAACAACCCUCGCAUGCUCAUCGACAAUGCGACGCUGCUCCGGGUUCUGGAGGGCAGUGUCUUCGCCGAGCUGAGGGGAGUGCGGCUGGUGAACACGCAGCUGGCUGAGGCCAUGCUGGAACAGAAGAAGCUCCUGAAAGGGAAGGACCUCUCCUUCUCUGACGCGGAGCACGGCUAUGACUGCUACGAUGUGGUGAAUCCUUCGCUCGUGGUCUCCCCGCCGCUCUUCCUUCCACGCCAGCUCUGUGAAUGUAUGCCUGGAUGGUACGGCCUGGGCACGAACUGCACUAAGUGUCCCCCUGGCAGCUACAGCAGCGCCCACAACCAGGCGGCCUGCGCGCCGUGCCCAGCGGGGGCCUCGGGGCCGGAGGGCGCCGCCGGGGUCGCCGCGUGCGUCUGCGCCACGGGGCAGCUCUUCGGCGGUUUCUGCGGCUGCCCCGCGGGGAGGGCGAUGACGAAGGAGGAGUCCUGCGAGCUCUGCGGGAAGCUGCAGCUCCAGUGCUCGCGGCCCCUGAGCCGUGCGAGCGCCGCCCCACCGUUGCCCGGCUGCGCCCGCCUGGCCGCCCACGCGGAGGCUGCCUUCAAGUGCCUUCCGCCGGAAGCGCGGUGCCCGGGCAAUGCGUCUGGUGAAAGCCUGGGCUGCGCGCCAGGCUACGGCGGCCCGCUCUGCGCGGAUUGCGCCGAGGGCUUUCGCUCCAGCGGCGGUCUCUGCGUGGCAUGCGCGCCGCUUUUGGCGCAGAAGACUCGGCUGCUGUGGGCCUUGGCCGCGGCCGCGGCCGCGGCCGUCGCCGUGAUGCUUCUGCUCUUGGCGCGGGGCCGCGCUGAGGAGAGGUCGGAGGUGUCGCCGGCGGCUCGCCGCAUGGUGCUGCUGGGCCUGGCGAAGCUGCAGGCGCCGCUUUUGCUGCAGCUGCUGCAGCUCUACGCAGUGCUGGCGCAGCUGGCGGGCGCUCAGCAACUGGACCGGGACACCGCAGGAGACGAAGGCUUCUUGGAUGCCUUCUGGGAGAAGGAGUACGUUGCGGCGAUGCAGCUUACGCUGGCGAGCGUGCAGGACAGCUUCCAGGUGCAGUGCCUCUUCGACGCCCAAGCGGUGCGGCUGCUGGGGGCGCUGGCGGCGCCGCUGCUGCCGCUGCUGGUGCUGCUGCUCUGCGGGGCGCUGGAGCUCUGCAAGUUCUCCCUGGGCGCCAGCAGCGCCUUCAAGGCGCUGACGCUCUUCUUCAUCGGCGGCGCAUGCAGCUGCGGGCGGCUGCUGAGCUGCCAGCGCCUGGACGGAGGCGGCCAAGACUUGGGGCACUUCGCCUUUCGCAAGGCGCUGCCGCAGCUGAGCUGCCUAGAUACCUCGCCCCUGAGCCGCUGGGUGGAUGCCGUUGGCUACAGCACUGCCGUGGUCUACGGCUUUGUCAUCCCCUGCCUUUUGCUGUAUCUCUUCCUGCGGCAGCACUUGCUGCUGAAGGUGUGCAAGACCAGCGUGGCGCUGGCGGAAUCCUCGGAGGGCCAGCUGCUGACGCGGCUCCAUCCCCUGCGCCAAGGGGCGAGCGAGAAGGGCCUCAAGGCUCCAGACUCCUGGUUGCUCGCCUCCUGUGCGGCCCACAUGGCUGUGCUGCUGAGGGGCGAGGCGACACUUCAGCUGCAGUCGGGCGAGGCGAAGAUGACAGCAGUGGACCAUCGUGGGGACGCCGUGGAGCUGAAUGUUGGGAGUCUGGUGGAGACGCUCCAAGCAAAGUCCACCGCAGAGACGUUGCGCUGCCGUCAGAUCGUGGAGAUGCUGACGGAGCGGUGCGUAGUGGAGGAAGCUGUGGAGCAUGACAGAUUGUUGGCGGGCGCCAAGGAGGUGUUCUUUAAGUAUGCCUUCUGCCGCUACGUUUGGAUGGAGGUGGUGCUGAAACUGUUGGCCGUCGCCCUGGUGGCCGUGGUCCUCAAAGAGGAUGGCCUCUGCUUUGCUCUGGCCAUCACGCUGGGCAUGGCUGCCGCAAUUGCCAUGACGCAGCCUUAUGUGCAGCCGCAGAUUAAUGAGCUGCACUGCUGCUGCUUCCUGUGUCUCGCUCUGGCGGCUGUGGGCUUCUCGUGGCACUGGCUGCGGCUCGCGCGUUUGAGUAUGGCGCUGCCGCCGCUGCUGGCGGCUGUCCAGGUGCUGCGCCCGGAUAGCUGCGAAGCUUUGGCCGUGCGCCUUUUCCAGGAGUUGAAGGAGAAGCUCCCAGAGCUUCAGCGCGGCGAGGUGGUGCAGCUCCAGGUCGAGUUUGUGAGCUUCGCGUGAGCUAUUUGGCCAUGGCUUCUCUGCCCGGUGCGAUCUUUUCACAGUUUCUCCGAACGGAGGCAGUGGACUAGCUUCUGGGCAGAACGAUCAGAACCGUUUGAUGCCACGGGAAAAGC